ACCUCAGGCUUUGGGCGUUUCCUUAUCAGGCUCACAUCUGCCUUAUCGCGUGCUGCGCUUCCCAUGUGCGGCCGCAGCUCGGGAAGUCUUAUUUGAGGUCUAACCCGAGAUCUUCUUGCUGCAGUCCAGUCUAUGGCAUCCUGUAUUUCCACCUUUUAGGUUCAGCUUCUCCCUCUGCCCCCGGAUGACCCUUCCCUGAACCCUACUCAGCCCCUGCCACCUGGAGGCUGCUUUUCCCAGCCAAGAGAUUCAAGUGGCCCAGAGGGUUCGGUUUGAGGGAUGUGCAAGAGCCACAGGCCAGGCCUGCACCAUGAGGCCUGACUCCUUGUCCAUACCACCCUCCCAUGGCCUCCGACCCAGGGCCAGGGUCUUGCUGAUGUGAUAACACAGCAGAGGGCCUGCAGAUGCAUGGACACCUUGAAGCAGAGGAGCAGCAGGACCAGAGGCCAGAGCAGGAGCUGACCUGGAGCUGGGGCCACAGGCCUAGGAGCGCCCUGGCCAGGGUCAAGGCCAUGGCCCCCCCACCGCCACCGCCACUGACCGCCAGCACCCCACUCCUGCAUGGCGAGUUUGGCUCCUACCCAGCCCGAGGCCCACGCUUCGCCCUCACUCUCACACCACAAGCCCUGCACAUACAGCGGCUGCGGCCAAAGCCUGAAGCCCGGCCCCGGGGUGGCCUGGUCCUGCUGGCUGAGGUCUCAGGCUGCUGCUCCCUGCGGAGCCGAAGCCCCUCGGACUCAGCAGCCUACUUCUGCGUCUACACCUACCCGAGGGGCCGGCGUGGGGGCCGGCGCAGAGCUGCACGCACCUUCCGGGCCGACGGGGCGGCCACCUAUGAGGAGAACCGUGCUGAGGCCCAGCGCUGGGCCACUGCCCUCACGUGUCUGCUCCGCGGACUGCCACUUCCUGGGGACGGGGAAAUCACCCCCGACCUUCUGCCAAGGCCUCCCCGAUUGCUCCUAUUGGUCAAUCCCUUUGGGGGGCGGGGCCUGGCCUGGCAGUGGUGUAAGAACCAUGUGCUGCCCAUGAUCUCUGAAGCGGGGCUGUCCUUCAACCUCAUCCAGACAGAACGACAUAACCACGCCCGGGAGCUGGUCCAGGGGUUGAGCCUGAGCGAGUGGGAUGGCAUCGUCACCGUCUCCGGAGAUGGGCUGCUGUAUGAGGUGCUGAAUGGACUCCUAGAACGCCCCGACUGGGAAGAGGCCGUGAAGACCCCCGUGGGCAUCCUCCCCUGUGGCUCGGGCAACGCGCUGGCAGGAGCCGUGAACCAGCAUGGGGGGUUUGAGCCGGCCCUGGGCAUUGACCUGCUGCUCAACUGCUCCCUGCUGCUCUGCCGGGGUGGCAGCCACCCACUGGACCUGCUCUCCGUCACUCUGGCCUCCGGCUCCCGCUGUUUCUCCUUCCUGUCUGUGGCCUGGGGCUUUGUGUCAGAUGUGGACAUCCAGAGCGAGCGCUUCAGGGCCCUGGGCAGUGCUCGCUUCACCCUGGGCACGGUCCUGGGCCUCGCCACACUGCACACUUACCGUGGCCGCCUCUCCUACCUCCCUGCCACGGUGGAGCCCGCCUCACCCGCCCCUGCCCAUGGCCUGCCACGUGCCAAGUCAGAGCUGACCCUAGCCCCCGGCCCAGCCCCACCCGUGGCCCACUCACCCCUGCACCGCUCAGUGUCUGACCUGCCCCUGCCCCUGCCCCUGCCUCAGCCUGCCCUGACCUCCCCUGGCUCACCUGAACCCCCGCCCAUCCUGUCCCUCAACGGUGGGGGCCCAGAGCUGGCUGGGGACUGGGGUGGGGCUGGGGAUGCUCCACUGUCCCCAGACCCACUGCUGCCCUCGCCCCCUGGCUCCCCCAAGGCAGCUCAACUCUCACCCAUCACCGAGGGGGCCUCAGAAAUGCCAGCAUCCUCUGGGCUCCCACCUCCCACCCCUGAUGCCCGGGUGGCCAUCUCUGCUGGGGGCCCACCUGACCACCUGCUCCCUCCUCUAGGCACUCCACUACCCCCAGGCUGGGUGACAAUGGAGGGGGACUUUGUGCUUAUUUUGGCCAUCUCACCCAGUCACCUGGGGGCUGACCUAGUGGCAGCGCCCCACGCGCGCUUUGACGACGGCCUGGUGCACCUGUGCUGGGUGCGCGGUGGCAUCUCACGGGCGGCGCUCCUGCGCCUGUUUCUGGCCAUGGAGCGCGGUAGCCACUUCAGCCUGGGCUGUCCGCAGCUGGGCUACGCUGCGGCUCGUGCCUUCCGCCUUGAGCCGCUCACGCCCCGCGGCGUGCUCACGGUGGACGGGGAGCAGGUGGAGUACGGGCCGUUGCAGGCGCAGGUGCAUCCCGGCCUCGGUACUCUGCUCACGGGUCCUUCAGGCUGCCCUGGGCGGGAGCCUUAACUCCAACCAAGCUUGGAGCUCGCCCGGAGCGGGGCUUACAUUCCUGAGGGGGCGGAGCCUGAGCUAGGGGGCGUGGUGUGGCUGCUAGAGUCAGGGCGGAGGCUACAGUGGUCCUGCCUGGUCUCAGGAUUGCGCCCUACCCUAGGGGACCAGAGGUGAUGCUGGAGGAUGUCCCGAAUUCCGGGGGUUGGGGCCCUGACGGUCACGGAGAAGUGGGCUCGCCCCAAGGGUAGUGCCUGAUCAACGAGGGCGGGUUCACUCCAGACCCUCGAGAACGGCUCGUAGAAAGCCAGGUCGGCUGAGGGCGGAGCCUGUCUUAACGCGUAGUCCAGUGACGUGACCUGGAACGUACGGGCUGGGGAGGCCUUAGAUAACUGGACCCGUCUACUCCGGUGCCUCCACCAAGCUGGCCAAUCAGCCCAGGAGGGGCAAGUUCCCCGGGCGGCGCUCCGAUUUGCACUAAUGUCCCUCCCUCCGUGGGUGGGGGCGGGGAAGUUCGUUUCCUCUGUCUUUUGUGCGUCCCCUAGCCCCAGUCUUCAAAGCAAUUGAAAAGGUCUAUGCAAUAAAGGUAGUGGCUUCAUUCCUCUCAGGCCCUCGCCCCUUCCUCCAUCCAGCAGCCCGUGGGAGGGAAC